UGGGUAGGGAUCAGGGAUCAGCUUUAUGUGCUCGCUGAUAAAUGCUCCUCCACAGGGAUCAAAGUUCUGCUGCGGGAGAUUCACAGCGAGUGUGUGUGAGGGUGUGUGUGUGUGUGUGGACUGUGGACCCCAGUGACAGAGGAAUCAGAUGGAGAUCAGCCUUCACACACACAGCGUGGGUCUGUGAGCUCCGUCUUCUGCUUCUGUGUCUCCGUCGGUCAUCAUGCUGCUCAGGACCGUCCUGCUUCUGCUGCUGACCUUCACCCUGCAGGCCCGCAGUGGGGCGCCGGACGCCGACAGAGAGACCUGUUACUCUCGCCAGCACCGGGACGUGACAGUGAACGUGCGUGUGGCUCUGGAGCAGCAGGGGGCGCUGAUGGUGCCGCGUGCCACCAACUCAGAGAAGGACUGCAUCCUGAGCUGCUGCGCGGAGGAUGUUAGUGCAGGUCUGAAGUGUAACCUGGUGGUGUUCAAGCCGGUGGGGGUCGAGGGUUCGGUCUGUCAGCUGUUCCACUGCCCGACUGAGAGAGACUGUCCACUGAUGCCGGCUGAUGCUGGAGUCAACACAUACAACAUCUUCAAGGGUUUAACUCAUCCAACAACUAAAGUCAACGCAAGAAUAACAGCCAGACCUGCAACCAGUACACACACACACACCACCACAACCACAACACACACAACCACCAGCACAACCACCAGCACAACACAAACAACCACCACAACCACACAAGCAGCGACAACAACCACUGCAGCACCAGCAGAACCGGCAUCAUCAUCAUCAUCAUCCAGCAGCUCUGAGUUCAACACAGAACCACAGACUGAGGGAGCGCUGAUGCUCAUGACCAACACACCACCCGCAGCCUCCACCUCCACCACCACAACACCCACCUCCAGCAGCAGAGCGCCCCGACCUCCGGUCAAACCCAGCAGAGCCAGAAAACCCAGCAAACCCUCCAGACCAGACACACAUCCAGUGAGAACCAGCAGACCAACACCAGCAACACCACCCACAACACACACUCCACCAACCACAACACACACUCCACCACCCACAACACACACUCCACCACCCACAACAUACACUCCACUAGCUACAUCCACAGCGCUCACACCACCAACUACAACACACACCCCAUCAACUACAACUACAACACACACUCCAUCAACUACAACUACUACAACACACACUCCAACUACAACUACAACAACUACGACUACACCAUACACUCCUUCAACUACAACAUACACACCACCAACUACAACACACACUCCAUCGGCCACUACUACACCCAGGAGCACCACCCCUAACACCCCAUUCCCCUCCCCAGUGCUGCGGGUGGAUGUCGGGGGGGUGCGGGGGUCCGUGGCUCUGCGUCCCCCAGUGCAGCCGGCCGUGUCCCGGGUGAUGUGGAAGAACAGUCUGGUGGCCGUGGUGGUGGUCACGCUCAUCUUCCUGCUGCUCAUCCUGGCUCUGGUGGGCCGUAAAGCCAUGGAGUCCUUCGACAGACGCCACUACACCCGUCUGGAGCUCAACGACCUGCACUAUGAAGUGUGAGGAGCGCGCGCACACACACACUGCAGAAACGCUCGCUGCUUCACACACACUGCUCACCAGAAGCGGCUCAAGCAGAGAAAUAUAGCAAUACACUGAACUCAGGUCCUGACGGCGCCACUGCUGAGAUCUUUCACUGGCCUCACAUCUGCUUUUCUUUCUCCGGGUUUCACUACGGGGGUCUCCACUGCACCGCACACCAUCACUGAAGCUUUUAUUAAAGGACACCUAUUAUGCCUUAUCACAUGUAUGAGAAGCGUAAACACAGCAGCAGUGUGUGCAGAUAUCCAUUCAUUACUUCUGUUUUCAUUAUCUCACUUUGAUUGACAUUCUCCCUCUAUCAUUACAAGGGGAAAGCCCCGCCCACUAGUGCCCCUCAUUAGCAUAAACAGCAGCCCUGAGUGAGAAGCAGCCAUCUGUCCAUUAGAGUGUUUGAGCUGCUGAAGAUAAUGUCAGCAUAGACUAAGAGGAUUAUAGAUGAAGCACAACUGAACAGAAACAGGAGUCUCCAUAGACUAGCAUGACGCACACACUGACACUGAAGCGCACAUCAGAUGUUGUGAUAAGGUAUAACAGGUCUCCUUUAAGCGCUGGUGAAGAGUCCCACAGACGUCACUGCGGUUGAUUUCUCUGUGUUCCUCCAGAUCUGUUGUGUAUUGUUUGAGAUGAGUGCGCAGCGGCGUGUGAAUGUGCAUAUUUGUGAUUGUUUUCUUCUGAUGGAUGUGUUUGAUUAUGGGUCACCGGUGGACAGCAUGCGGCACAUUCACUAAUGACUUCACUGAUGAUUAUUGAUCUGUUCUGAUCAUUCACUUGUGUUUGCAAUCUCAUUCUGCUUCACUGUUUUCUCAUCUGCUGUUAUUAACUUUAUUAUUAUAUGUUGUUGUUCAAUUUUGGGUGAGCUUUGGCUUUUACAGACACCUUCAGAUUAAUGUGAUUAUUCCUCUUGCAGAUCAAUAAAGGAGUCUUUUUUCAAUAUUUAAAA